CGCCAAUUGCCCCCACUUGUCCGACGCGAAUCCAAAGCCCCUUUCUCUGUCUUCUCCAUUGUUGAACUCUGUUCGUUUCUUCUCAACUUUGAUUCGCUUUUGGACUGCAAGGCUGACCUUUCCUCUGCAUACAUUGUGUUGUUUGCAUUGACGCUAACCUGCAACUGUUCGCAGGCUUUCUUGUGAUCUUUCCUCUAAAGCUCUCUCUCUCUCUCUCUCUCUCUCUCUCUCUCUCUCUCUCUAUCUUAUUUAUAUCUUUGGUUUACUACUUGCUAUUGCAGUCGCCAUUAAUGAUUCAUUCUCUACCUUAGUGUUUUAGAAGGUUCCAGCUUUAAAGCAGAGGUUUUGAGCUAUUCCUCUGCUGUUUCGCCCUCCAAAGAUUGCUCUUUUUCUACCCUAUUGGUCCCUCUUCUUCGACUUUCUGUGAUCGUUUAGGUUUUUGUCGUUCCUCCUCCGUGAAUCAACACUACAAUCAAAAUGGUGCCGCUUUUGAUCUCAGAACCUCCCUACGAGUGAGAUCUGGUCCAGAGGCGGUGAAGGACAUAGAGGGCCGAGACUGCAAAGAGGAGAGGAGGUGCCAAAGUUCUAAUCUUUCCUCGAAGAUUUUUUCGUUUGUGUCAAAUGAGGUCGGAAGCUCGGCUGGAUUCCGCGGUCUUCCAGCUCACACCGACUCGAACCAGGUGUGAUUUGGUCAUCGUAGCAAAUGGUAAGACAGAGAAAAUUGCAUCUGGCUUGUUGAAUCCCUUUCUUGCCCAUUUAAAGGCUGCCCAGGAUCAGAUUGCCAAGGGUGGUUAUUCCAUAAUCCUUGAACCAGACCCAGAAACUGAUGCAGCAUGGUUCACAAAGGGCACAGUGGAGAGGUUUGUUCGUUUUGUGAGCACACCUGAAGUUCUAGAGCGUGUAACGACCAUAGAGUCUGAGAUCUUGCAGAUCGAGAAUGCGAUUGUGAUCCAGAGCAAUGAUAAUCUUGGCCUGAGCAGUGUGGAUGAUCAUCAAAUGAAACCAGCAGAGUCCAUGGAAGGUAUCAAAACCUCCGUUGAUAGUGAUGCAGAAAAGGCGAUAGUUCUUUAUAAGCCUGGUUCACAAUCAAAUCCACCAGAUUCAAAUGGAUCCACCACACAGGAGGAGAACUCAAAGGUUCAACUUUUGAGAGUGCUUGAGACCCGCAAAAUAGUAUUGCGGAAAGAACAGGGUAUGGCCUUUGCACGUUCUGCAGCGGCUGGUUUUGAUAUGGAUAAAAUGGUAGAUUUGAUACCAUUUGCUGAAAGCUUUGGUGCCUCACGUUUAAAGGAAGCCUGCUUGCGAUUUAUGGAACUAUGGAAGAAAAAGCAUGAGAGUGGACAGUGGCUUGAAGUUGAGGCUGCAGAAGCAAUGUCAACACAGUCUGAAUUUUCUGCUUUGAAUGCAUCUGGCAUUAUUUUUGCCACAGAUUCUAUGAUGAAGAAAGAUCAUGGGUAUUCACAAUCUAUUGCUGGUGAUAUGGUUGUAGAGACCGAUGGUAAAGCUGACAAACAGAUCCCUUCAGAUCCAAAGGUGUCAUCAGGACACCAGGAGCAUUUACAAGGUCAAUUUCAGCAUCCCAUCUAUCCACAAUGGCCUAUGCAUUCUCCACCAGGUCUUCCUGUGUUUCAACCUUAUCCAAUGCAAGGAAUGCCUUGUUAUCAGAACUAUCCGGUGAGCAUCCCGUAUUUCCAUCCUUCAUAUCAUCCAAUGGAGGAUCCUAGAUUCAACAGCUCUCACAGAAAGGGGUUGAGAAGACAAUCUAUGGAUAACAAAGAUAUUGAAUCUGAGACUUGGGAGAGGAGCACACAUUCCCAUGAUGAUAUGGACCAAAAUACAUCAGAUCUUGAGAAAGAAGGUUCUCAUGGUCAUAAAUGUCAUAAAAGAGUUGGUCGACCAGGAAAGAACAAGUCUGGUGUUGUUGUAAUUCGGAACAUAAAUUAUGUCACAUCUAAGAAGAAUGGUGCUGGAGAAUCUGAAAGUGAAUUACAGUCUGUCUCUGAAUCUGAAGCUGAAGAAGAAAGUGAUAAUAUGGGUUCUAACAUGCGAAAAAGCAAGCAUGGGCACUCCACAAAGACUUUCAAGAAGGAAGAUGGACGAACAAAACCAGUAGAAUACUCGGAUGCCUAUAGCAAUGAUAAAGUUACAUGCGGAGAGGAGGCAGAUUCUGGAAAUUGGCAAGCAUUUCAGCAUUUAUUACUAAAAGCUGAAGAAAAGUCGAGAACAGUUAAUGAAGACAUGUUAACAGGAGAAAACGAGCCAUCAAAGAGAAAACAGAAAAAAGGUGAGGCUGAUCCUAUCAUUCCUCCUGACCGAGAUUAUGGUGAUUUUCGUGACCGGAAGAUGGUAGGGUUUGAUUCAGUUAAUGGUUGGGCAAACCGAAUGAAGCAGGCAGCUUCUGAUGAUCAAUUGUUAGUUUCAAGUAUUGGAAGAGACUCAAUAGAGAACCAGUUCAAGGAAAUAGAAAAUGGAGGAGGAACAUACCGGCGUAUGAGCAGUGAUGAAUUUAUGAUUUAUGGCCAAGAAAAUCAUUUCAUCAGUAAGAACCCUUCCGAUCCACUAGUUGAUCAUAUGGGCAAGCAUGCUGUUAACACAAUAAAGCGUUCAUCAUACAGUGUAACAGAUGAGUCCUUCAUGCUUCCUUAUAGGUCAGGUUCACAAGAUCUUGGAUCAGACAGCAUAAAUGCUAUUGACAUGGAUUCUGAGAUCCCCUCAGCCCUUCAGAAAGCUCAAAAUUCGUAUGAGGUCAAAAGCCAACUUAGCCAUGAACCAGACGAUCUGUCUUUGGUUCAUGAACGUGGAAUGGAAAGUGUAUCUAUGGGUUAUGAUCCAGCAAUGGACUAUGAUUUUGAGGUUCCUAUUGGAAAUUCUGUCAAGCUGGAAGCCAUUAACACAGCGGAUCUCUCAACAAGCAUUAAAGAAGAAUCAAAGAAAUCGGACAAGGAGAAGAACUCAAGAGCCUCAAAUGAUAGUAUGGACAAAAGGACAAAGGAUGCACUGGUGAAGAAAGGGCCAUCCUCAAGGCUUAAGCCACUGACUGAAGCACAAAAACGUGCAGAGAAGGUGCGAUCUUACAAAGCUGAUCUUCAGAAAGUGAAGAAAGAAAGGGAAGAGGAAGAGUUGAAGCGUUUGGAAGCUUUAAAAAGACAGAGGCAAAAGAGUAUAGCUGCAAGAAGUAGUUCGAGUGCCACUCGGAUGGCAGUGACUCCGCAGCAGACAAAAGCCCGUGUAGCUGCAAAGCCUUUCCCAAGUCCUUACAAAGGGUCAAAGUUUAGUGAUUCAGAGCCUGUUUCUUCACCUUUCCAUAAAUUGCCCAUCAGAACCUCUUCAAUUGGAUCCAGUGUUCCCCAGAAAGCUACCAAAUCUAGCAAAUUAAAUGGCAGUAAUCAUGGGUUAACUCGAUCAUUAUCUUCAUUGCCUGAGAUUAAAAGGGAAAGUAAAGGACUCACGCCAGAAGCAAAGGCAGACAAUCUUCGACCGAGAAGACUGUCUGAUCCAAGAGGUAGUUACACUCAACGUGCAUCCUCAGUGAAGUCCAUAGCUUCUGCUCAAGUGCCUAAGAGAAACAUACCUGAUGAGUCUCGGGAAAAGAUUACUGCAAUUAUGCAAUUGGACAAAAGUAAGUCGGCAACUCUGCCAGAGAUUAGAAUUAAUUCACCAAAAACUUCAUCUGAUAGAGUUAAAAAGGAAUCAGUUAGCAAAGAUCUGUUGCAGAGAGUGACUGGAAGAAAAUCUUCUCAGGCUUCUGAUAGCAUCAACGAGAAUUUAACUGGUGAUAAGCCACCUAGCAACAGCAAUGAAAAUCCGGUGAUUGAGAAGACUGUUGUAAUGCUUGAAAAUAAUGUGGUCACUGCUCCUGUUGUCCAGCAACUCGAUGAGACAUUAGACACAAAAGAGACAUCACAUGGAGAGGAGUCAUGUACACCAAUUGUUAUAGAUCAGGUUGAGGAUUCUGGUGGAGGCAAGUUGGAUGAACAACUGAGUUCCUACAAGAUGGUUGUUCCUUACACAAGAAAUGAGCCUCAGAAGUUCUCAAACUCAACUGCGGCAGAAAAGAAUUAUCAAGCCCCUUCUUCCAGAUCAACCCCCUUGGAUGAUCCUUUAACCACUAAUUUAGGAAAUGAUGGAGGUCAACGUACAUCAGAAUCUGAAAUGGUUGCAAUAUGUGCUGUGGAAACCACAACAAAUAUAUCCAAUUUUGAGAACCUGAGCCUAGGGGGUCAACUUCAUGAAACAUAUGAGAAACCUCGAGGCAAGGAAUUAAAAGGUUUCAGAAAGCUGCUAAAAUUUGGUCGAAAGAGCCACAGCUCGGCAUUGGGUGAAGGUAACAUCGACUCAGAUGCUUCAUCUGUUGAUGAUCAAACAGUUGGUGCGGCUUCGUCCAAUGAUGUUCAUAUAUUGAAGAAUCUCAUUGCCCAAGAUGAUACUAAUGCUGGAGGCACGCCGACUAAAGUCUCUCGUCCGUUCUCCCUCCUCUCGCCCUUCCGCAGCAAGAACAACGAGAAGAAACCGGUCGCAUGAUGAGCCCACUGCCUGAAAUCAUACGAAAUCAUGGGAGAUGAAUCAACACAUGGAAGAUGGAUCUGCUUCUGUCAGAGCAUAUAGCAUGGAAUGAGUUCUUUUGGUCUGCUAAUUGGUCACACACAUGAUCACACUGCAUAUCAUCAUAUUUGGUCCUUACUUAUAUCAUCGUCAUGUAAAAGAACCAAUUUUAUAGUCGGAUAUUUGAUGCAGACUUGUAUGCCACUGUCGUUCUUCAUGUGAACUUACGUAUCCUUGGGAGAAAUACUUCAAUGACUCAAAAAUAGACUGAAGGUGAGUUCCAUUCCAUGGA